AGAAUAAUGGCGGACGACCCGAUGGCGGGUUUGUAAGGCUGGCGAAAUGUAACGUCUCUGUUUGUUAAUAUAUGGCAAUUGAUCUUCAUGCUCAGCGAUAAUUUGAUGGAGAAGUGGAUGCCGUAGAACUAGGUCUGCAUCAUGUCAAAGUUUGGAGCAAAGACUUAUGGCCGCAAGCAUGACUGCCGCUUGGCUCCUCCUUUGGAUCAGAUUAUUCUGGAUAAAGGAGACAGCAAGACCAGUUCAGCCAAAAUGUCAGUUGCAGCUGUGCACCGGUGGGGCAUGACUUCAUUCACAUCCCUUCGUAAAGCAGCUCAGUCUAAUGGCCAGCCUGAUGGGGUAAAUGAUGGACCAGUGUCAUCUGAUGCAAAGGCUCCCAACCCUUCAGUAGAUGAUGAUCCGUUCAGUUUCGACAUUGACCAUGAUGAAAUGUCCCGCAGCAGCAAAAGUGCGGGCUCACGUUUGCAUGGCUCGGCUCAGGACCCUGCACAGACAAGCAGCCAUCCGCUGCCUCCAAAGCCCAAGAAAUUCUUCAAGAGCCGCAACACCACUUGUACAUCAUCAACAUUGGCAUCUCAAACAUCAGCGCGUGCAGUGGCACAAUUUGACAGACUGCGAACGUCAAGUUCCAAUUCUGUUGCUAGCAAGUCUAAGGACAAGUACGAACCUGUGUCUAAAGUGGGCAUAAGCUGGGGUCCUGAUGAUAAUGUGGACUUCCGGUGUGUAAAGCUGGAAAAGAGCAGUCGUGCAGCUGCACUUUCAAGGGAUCAUCCACUUUCUUCUUCCAUGUCAUCUGGACCUUCAACUGCAGCUCAUCCAACAGCUGCUCCAUUGACUGUGGCUCCUGUGGUGGCUGCUACUUUGACUGUGGCUCCUUCAGCCUCAUUACCUUCAACUGCUGCGUCUCAGAUGUCUGCUUCUCUGGCGGCUGCUCCUCAGAUAGCUGCUCCACUGCCUGCUGCGCAAGGAUUACCAAUGCCUUCUACUUUUUUCGCUGAUGAGUCUGUAAAAGGCAGUGAGCCCUGUGAUGGUAAUGACCAGAGCUCAUUCCAUGCUCCACCAGCCAUACGGACAUACACUCGAAAGAGAAACCUGGGUGCUCCAGUGGAGACACCAGGCACAGUGAUACCUGUCAAAAGAACUGCAGCGACAGUAGCUGUUAGUGAUGCCCUGGUAUCUGGUUUGGUGCUGGUGGUGCCUAGUACAAACGUAGGUGUGACCUGUGUGACAGAUGUUAACGAGGUGGCAAGCUCUGGUGAGACACCUUUUUCUAGAGAGGGGGCUAGCACUAGUGAAACGCUCGCUUCUAACUCGUCGCACAUGGACACGAAAAUGGAUGAGGAACCAGCAUUGACCGUGCAAGAUACUCUUGCAGUGACCUCAAACUCCCAGCUUGCCAGUUCUCAGGACUCUGAGCUGCUCUAUAUGACAACUGAUGGAACCUCCCAAGGCUCAAUCACAGAUUCGCAGGAGUCAGAACCUGCAUCGCAGAACUUCGCAUCUAGUUCACAAGAGGAUGCAGAAAAACCCCUUGAACCGAAAGCAUCAUCUUCUAGAUGCAUAUUCAAGAGCAAAAAGAUAUUCCAAAGCCCGAAGAAGCCAAAAGCGGUCUACAAACUGCGACACUGGCAGACUCCAGAUGCUGAGGAAGACCUUGAAUUGACAGAGGCUGUGCAAGAUCGAAACAAGCUUGCUGAGGAAUUUGAUGAAGAUACAUUCAGUGACAGUGCUUUAACGAGAGAAGUACAUCAACCAUCACAGCCUUGGAAAGAUGCUGUAACAUCUGUGAAGUGCCCUCGCAAGGCUCGUCAGCUGUACACAGUGGUCCGCAAUGUGAAAAAGGCCUAUCAAUGCCAUGAAUCGGGAGAAACCCAAGAAUUCAAUGAUGACAUUGAUUACCUACUGGAGGGAGUGCAGCCUGGCAAUCCCAUAGGAGCUAGAUGCCUGAGUGUUGUUGGCCUGGCGUCUAAGUGCAUGGUUCCAGCAUUUCGGAUGCACCUACGAGCUCAUGGAAUUGUGUGCAAAUUCUUCAGUGCCUUAACUGAUGCCCCUUCUGAUCCAAGCCUGUCACUGUGCACAGCUACAUUGUUCUUUGUCCUGAGCCAGGACCGUCUUACUAUGGACCUGGACGCAUCCACACUAUCUCUGAUGCUGCAGUUGUUUGAGUCAGACCCUCAGCAAGGGGAGGGUGGCUUGACUACCUCCCGGAGCCCCUCCUCUGAGCUCAUUGAGAGACAUCGAGAGAAGGUGCAGCAGCUUUGUGAACAGAUGCAGCAGAAAGGUCAUGCCAAGCAUCUAAACCUCAACAGAGUCAAUACUGGCACACUAGCACUUGAGACUCUACUAAGCUUAACAUCUAGGCGAGCGGGAGAGUGGUUCAAAGAAGAGUUGCGGUUACAAGGUGGACUGACUCAUAUUGUAAAUACAGUGAGUGAAUGCCUCAGUUAUUUUGGAGAAGGAAUCACAUUCUUGGAAAAUCCAUCGGACUUCGAGCUGGAGAAGCUGAAGAAGAUUGACAGAUGCUCUCGUGUACUAGAAAAUGUUACAUAUAUGAACCCUGACAACCAGAGGUACCUGCUGGAUUUCAAGGGCUCCCUCAUGGUGGCAUCAUACGUCAGGCUGCUGUUGCUGUGCCAGUCGAGCCUGAUAGUACACCCAGUUCUGAAUGAGCCUACUGCAGGAGCUGGUGGCAGCAAAACAGGCGAAGGCCAGAUUACCUCAGUAGUUUUGCAGAGCCUGCGAGGACCUGGUGCCGUUUUUUUCUCCUGCCUGUUAUCUGUUCUGCGUGUGCUACUGAAUAUGACACAUGAGAGCCUCUUGGGCAGCAAAGUUGUUGGUAGCCAGCCAGGAUUGCUCUCUGCCAUUUUGCUCUGCAUCCUGCAAGCCCCUAAAGCAGUGCCAACGGAACAGCGUUUUGAUCUUCUGGUUUUGUCACUGGGAUUACUCAUCAACCUGGUGGAGCACUGUGAGGAGAACAGGGAGCGCCUGGCUGAUACACAAACAGUGGGUUCGUUCGAGUCCGUCUGUGACCAGAUGGAGAUGCCGGCAUUCAAUGCUCUCAUGGAUCUGUUCACAGACAAGAUUGAGGCAGCCCACCAGUCUGAGGAGCAAGCCAAUGAGCUGCUGAGCACUCAGGAGAAGAAGAUGAAAGCUUCCCUGGAACCUCAGAAAGGGGAGCCACUGCCUGCCAGCCAACAAUCUGCGCUUUCUCAGGCUGAUGACCUUGAAGAAACCCUUAUGAAAGCCCUUCAGAAAGCUGGCAAGCACAUGGAACAUAGCAUAGUGUGUGCCUACAUUGCCUUGCUCCUUGGCUGUGCUGUCCAGAAUAACAAGGAUCUUGCCGAAAAAUUGCGGCAGUACACACCGGAGGGCAAGUUUGAUCCAUUGGUCGAUGCACUUAAGAAAUUUCAUAAUUUUAUCAAUCUGACGGGUGUGCUUGGAAAUAGAGCCACAAAAAGCAUGCAGUGUGUCAUCAAAGUCCUUGAAGACAGCUGAUCAUCCAAGGCCAGGCACUUUGACCCCUUUUCAAGCUUGCCUACCUUGCCUUUGGAACCUAUUCUAUCAAGGCAGUCAAGUUGGAUUCCAUGACAACUUCCACUCACUGGCAUGUGUGCGUGCUAAUUGUAAAGGCCAUUUCCUUGACCCCCCCUUUCUUUUUUCUUAAUUCUGUAUAUAUGUGACAUGUUUCUCCAUCAUCUUUUUCCCUUAACUUUUUCUGUUUUCAUUGGAAAGGUUAUUCAUUGACAUGCUUUAUUACAUAAGGUUGAGGGAAGACUGGCUUUAUUGACAACACAGUUCAAGGAAUUUUGAGCAGGCCAAGUUUUUUUUUUUUUUUAGUUGCGAAGAAUGUUCAACAACCUGUUCUACUUUGGAGAACACUUAAUAAUUGACAAGACUUCAUGUAACCACAAGUGCAUACAUCAAACAGCAAUGUACUGUGUGUUUUAUUGUUCUUUUAGUGACUGUUGUAUUUUAGUCACUAUUGUCACCAGGUGAUAUAGCUUAUUUAAGGAUUUUUGAAACAUUGUUUCAGCUUCUUAUUACUUUUCAACAUGUCUUUCACUCCUCCUGGAGACCUUUUUCUUGUUCUUUAUUGAGGUCUCUGUCAUCUCUACAGUGCAAUUCAUUUAUAAGGAUAUUCACAAAACCCCGACAUCUGGUCAUUGUAGCUCGUUAUUAUAUUUUCACUGGCCUUAAAUCCGCUAUCCAGUAAUGUUAAACAGGGCCCGAAGAGUUGGCACAUAAAGGCAGGGUGCUGCAUCAUAAGGUUGUGUGUGUCAGCUCUGCCUCAUCUGCACAGAUGUGCAUCUGCACAAGUGAGGCCACACAGUUUGGUUUGCCAACACAUCAGGUCCUAAUCAGGUGUAUAAGUACGGUCCACUGUUUAAGGGAACACUCCAGUGUGCAGCUCCCAUUUUGCGUGCACUCCAGCUGCAAGUGCUAGCUGAAGCAAUGUCAAUGUAUUGAACAGGGCUUGUAGAAAGGUACCAAUGCCACCAACCACUAGUCGCCUCACCGGCUGCAAAGCUGGACAAUUCCACACAUGCCAGGGGGUAAAUUUAGCAUGUGCUGUACAUAUGCGUUCCCUUUAACAGUGGACUGCAAUGUACAUUGUAGUAGUUGACCAUGCGUCCACACUAGGCUAGAACACCCUAUAUUAAAGCCCACCUACAGUUGCAUUGCAAAUUGUUGCGUUGUAAUCAGGAUGUCGAACAGGAAGAAAAUAUUGGGUUGGUUCAGGUUUGGGUUCAAGCUGCUUCAAUUUCGUUCUGAUUUGGGAAAAUUAAAAUCUAUACCACUUCAUGGACUAGUGUAAUGCGGUGCACGCAGGCUACCAUUGAAUCGCCUCUGUGUGCAAGUUUUUACCUGGAAGAAUUGGAGGGGAUUUUACUGGCAUGGUGGGGGACAGGGCUUGAUUUUUUACAUUUUUCCAAGCAUGAAAAUUAAAUUUUACAUAGCUGCAGCAGACAUGAACAUAAAAAAAUUGAAUAGUUCUGAAUAAAUUAAUGUGCGAUUUUGUUUCUUGCAUUAAUAAAAAAAUUGCAAGUUUGCAAAUACACACUGCAGGCAAUAAUCAAGCAACCUUGUGGUGGUGACUAACUACAUAGACCAGAUGCAGAAUGAAAUAAACUGAUAACUCAUUUCAACCAUUAUUUAUACUGAUGGAUGACAACAAGAGUGGUGCACCUCGUUUCAUAUGCAUUGCAGCCUCUAUCUGGCACAGCUGAGUGUGAGACUGCAAGGUACCUUACUUUUUGACACAGCAUCUGUCCUGACUCAUGUAUACAAACCGCAUUACAAGUCAUAGCAGGCUGCUAAUGACGCGGGCAGAGUACUGAAGGAAAGCUGUUUUGAUUAGCCUAAUGCAUUUGUAUCCACGCCACCAAAUAUGCUUGAACUACUGGAAACCGUUAUUAUUAUUUAUUUGGGUUCAGGCCCAUUUCAUAAAUAUUGGUUGUGGUUCAGGUUAGUUAUGGUCAAAAUUUCAGUUUGAGUACAGUUUUUAUGUAAGAUUCAGUUCGACACCCUGAUUAUAAUGUGUUUUUUAAUAACACCCUUGAUCAGACGGCCCUGGAGUUGUGCCAAAGCGAGUAUUAUGCGCAAUGCCCCACUGUGGAACAUAACAAAGGUGGGUUGUGGUGAACAACUGCAUUUUUGCAUAUUUGCAUAUUUUGCGCCCAGUGCACAUGAUGCAGGCAAAAUAAAUUAGGCUAUGAAGGUAGUAAUGAAGGCUCUGACAGCGCCGCUACAUCACGGUAAUUGCAGGGCCACAAUGUAAGUGGUUCUUGGAAUUGCUCCUUGUGUCAUAAAAAGCUUGUAAACAGCAGCAUUGCUCAUACCCCAUAUGUUGGAGUUUCCAGCUACUACCUCUACAAGUACACCAACUUUUGGUUACCAUUUGCAUACCUGCCAACUCUGGCGAAUUUUCUGUAAAGUUUACAAAUUUGGGCUCCUACGAUUUUAAAACUGUUGCAUCAAGUUUUAUGAAAGUUUGCAAAAAAAAAAAAAGUUUGGCUUGCCAGCCUCUGACCAUACCCUUGGAAGGCUUUGCUGUUCCAAGUUUCCUGCUGCUUGUGUGCUGCCUUUAAAGGUAAAUCACCAUUAUUAAAAGGCAUUUGUGUCCCUCAACAAAAGGUUUGUGCUUAGGGAAAACGUUUUUAAAUAUGUGCUUGCCACCCCCGACCUUUUCUCCGGUGCCGUGACAUAGAGCGGCAACUAAUAACUGCUUUGGUUGGGUCCACCCCACUCGGGUAAGGAUGUCUGGUGCAGUUGAUCAAGGAUGCUAUUAAAAGCCCACAGUUCCCCGUGAUUGUAAUCAUGGUUGCAUUAUAUUUACACACUACAUUACUUUUUGUGUAAAGUCGCUACAGAAGUUGAUUCUGCUACAGUGGCUGAUUCAUAUAAGUGAUGUGUAUGUGCGUAUCACUAUAACUGGACUGCACUGUACUUAAUUUCUCUUGAGGUUAUCUUGUGAAGUGCUCCCUUUAUAGCAUAGUUACAUUCACAGCAUGAAAUUUUGCUUUGGCUUGAUGGGCAUCCUUUUUAUUUGUUUAUUUAUUUUUGGCCCAUUUUUUUUGGGGGGGGGGGGGUUUGAGGAAGUCAACCAGGAUUGGAGGGUUUUGCACAAACUUCAAUUUUCAAAGUGGAGGGUGCUUUUGAACACAUGUUUUAGCUAGUAUUAUGCUGGUGUGUUGGUUUUCUUAAGAUGGGGACUAUAAGAUUAUGGACUUUUUGCCCACCACAUUUUUUUUUAUGUGCAAUGAGAGAUGGAGGCAGCUAUGCUUGCUUUGGUUUAAAGCUGCACAUAAGCAGAUUUAGUCUUGUGUAUGUGUUGAAUUGGCUUAGCAAAAUGAAAUAUUUGGGCAUUGGUGUUAUAUGUGCAGCCAGCCUUUCCCAUUCUACAGUUUUUCUCUUGAAUUUUUUUUUCAACCACCUGUUGGGGAGUCCUUGCCCAUUUUGCCGAGGGGGAACCAAGGGCUGGAAAGAAUGCUUACAUGUAUGUAUAGGUACUGGUGUAGGACACAUCGGUGUUACAUGUGCAGCUGGCCUUUCCCAUUCUACAGUUUUUCUCUUGGAAUUUUUUUUCAACCACCUGUUGGGGAGCCCUUGCCAAUUUUGCCGAGGGGGAACCAAGGGCUGGAAAGAAUGCUUACAUGUAUGUAUAGGUACUGGUGUAGGACACAUCGGUGUUACAUGUGCAGCCGGCCCUUCCCAUUCUACAGUUUUUCUCUUGAAUUUUUUUUCAACCACCUGUUGGGGAGCCCUUGCCAAUUUUGCCGAGGGGGAACCAAGGGCUAGAAAGAAUGCUUGCAUGUAUAGGUACUGGUGUAGGACACAUCUGUGGUAUUGUGGAAGCACUCAGGCCUUUCCUUGCCGUUGUAGAGGGAUGCGUGGAAAUGAGUGGCAUAUGGUAUGCAUGAUUUUUGUGCUUUGUGUGUUCGUGUGUCUGUCAGAGCAGUGUACCCUAGACUGAUCAGCAACAUGGCUGACAGAGUAAAGCCAGAUUCCGGGUUCAGCACUUUUUUUUUUUUUUCAUAGCUGGAUCAUCAACCUGCCUAUGAAUUGGGCACAGUGUGUACAUACUACCAUUGUUUCACCGCCACCACCGCCACCCACCACCACAUUUAAAAAAAAAAGUUUUGUUUACAUGUCUUUGUUUACAAGGCUAUUUAUUGACUCUCGAGAUAUUCUGGUUCGUUGUGCUUUGUGGCUGUUUCAUUUUCUUUGUGGGCACCAUGUUAAUUAUGAAGUUGUACAAAGUUCAUACGUUCAAUGGACGUAUGCUGCACGUGCUUCCCCAUUUCAUCUUCUUGUGUUUAAUAAGGAUGUGGUAUUUGUAUCAGAAUAUUUAUUUACAGGACAAAAACAACCAAUGUUCUGAAAAAUGGAGUCAAUAAAUUUUAUGAAAAUAAG